AUGCUGUUCAAAAGGGUGAUUACUCGCGGAUUUCACAAAGACAUUGCGUUCGCAUUUGACAUCGAUGGUGUUCUUCUGAGAUCUAAGAAUCCAAUUCCUGGCUCUUCCGAGGCCUUAAAGCUCUUAACUAAAGAAAAGAUCCCAUACAUUUUAGUUACCAAUGGUGGUGGUGUCCUCGAAAAUAAGCGUACUGAAUUUAUCUCCAGUGUAUUGGACGUUGAUAUCUCUCCAUUGCAAAUUGUUCAGAGUCAUACUCCAUUCAAGGCAUUGACUAACAAACACAAGAAGGUAUUAUGCUGUGGGUUAGACAGCGUGAGGGAAGUUGCAAAGGCAUAUGGGUUCCAACAUGUUGUGCACCCAAUGGACAUAUUAGCUGCCAACAGGGAUAUUUCGCCAUUCUCUUCUGUUACAGAUAGCUACUUGAAGAAAGUUGCUCAAACGCAUGAGUCAUUGACAGAGACACCUUUCGAUGCAAUCAUGAUAUUCAGCGACCCGAAGGAUUGGGCAACUGACAUCCAGGUUAUCUCAGAUUUGCUGAACAGUGAUGGAGGUCGUCUAGGCACCUUAAGAAAGUACAAGAGUGAGACGCCUUCCAUUCCAAUAUACUUCUCGAACGACGAUUUGUUGUGGGCGAAUCGGUACCAUUUGAACAGAUUCGGCCAAGGUGCGUUCCGAAUCAUCAUCAACAGCCUUUACUCUGCACUAAACGAUGGCAAGGCGCUAAAGGAAACAGUGAUUGGCAAACCUACUGCCCUGACGUACAAUUAUGCGAGCCAUGUUUUGAUCGAUUGGAAGCAGAAGCUGGAAAACGGCACCACAGACUCAACGGAACAAAUCUUGCCUCCACUUGGCGUCCCACCCAGCACCAAACCGUUUGACAAAAUAUACAUGGUUGGCGACAACCCAGCCAGCGACAUCAUUGGCGCGCACAACUACGGGUGGGAGAGCUGUCUGGUACGGACCGGAGUUUACGCAGAUGGCGACAAAUUGCCAUGCAAGCCCACAAUGAUUGUGGACAACGUCUGGGAGGCGGUGACGAAGGCUCUGGAGAGACAAUAG